UCCGGAGCGGCUGAAAGACGGAAGUGGAGGCCGGAGCCUGGGACACCGCCGGGGGGGGAGAGAAGCAGAGCCCGUCCGAGCCCCGGCCCCAAGUAACGCCGCCGCCCCGGAGCCGCCUUGGAGGUCCCCCUCCCCACUAAGUGCCUCUCUGCAUAGCACCGGUCCCCACCCGCACACUCUCUGGACCACUACAGCUGGACGGGCAAUGGCGGGUCGGGGAGGCGCAGCACGACCCAAUGGACCAGCCGCUGGGAACAAGAUCUGUCAGUUUAAACUGGUUCUGCUGGGGGAGUCUGCGGUGGGCAAAUCCAGCCUCGUCCUCCGCUUUGUCAAGGGACAGUUUCACGAGUACCAGGAGAGCACAAUCGGAGCGGCCUUCCUCACACAGACUGUCUGCCUGGAUGACACAACAGUCAAGUUUGAGAUCUGGGACACAGCUGGACAGGAGCGGUAUCACAGCCUGGCCCCCAUGUACUAUCGGGGGGCUCAGGCUGCCAUCGUGGUCUAUGACAUCACCAACACAGAUACAUUUGCACGGGCCAAGAACUGGGUGAAGGAGCUACAGAGGCAGGCCAGCCCCAACAUCGUCAUUGCACUCGCGGGUAACAAGGCAGACCUGGCCAGCAAGAGAGCCGUGGAAUUCCAGGAAGCACAAGCCUAUGCAGAUGACAACAGUUUGCUGUUCAUGGAGACAUCAGCAAAGACUGCAAUGAACGUGAACGAAAUCUUCAUGGCAAUAGCUAAGAAGCUUCCCAAGAACGAGCCCCAGAAUGCAACUGGUGCUCCAGGCCGAAACCGAGGUGUGGACCUCCAGGAGAACAACCCAGCCAGCCGGAGCCAGUGCUGCAGCAACUGAGCCCCCCUUGCCUGCCCGCUGCCCCCACCUCCUCCACCUGAACGACCCGACUGGAAUCCACUCUAACCAAUCGCACUUAACGACUGGGGCCACCACUUGGGGGGCAGGGGGAGGGGUCCACCAUGAUUUCUCCAUAUAAUUUUGAUCAUAGGCCAGAGUGAGUUAUUCCACCUGCACCUUUCUGUACAAAUACUAAUUCAAUUUUAAGUCUUAAGUCACUUUUUUAAUAUAUAUGAUCUUCUGCUCUUCCCACUUCCUCCCCUUUCUACUGCUCUCCCAUUUUCCCUUGCUGGGAGUAGCCACAUGCUCUUGUCCCCCCACCCUUGUAUAUGGGGACAGUGGGGUCAGAGCAGCUACCCUUUCUUUCCCUCCUGCGGAACAGCAGACCCAGCAAGAGCAUCCACAUCCUCACCUUGUUCGGAGUGGUCUUGGGUUUGGGCGGGGGGGCCAGACCUUGGGAAGGGGCUUAGGAAGGGAGAGGCAGCUCUUCCUUCAGCUGGCUCUCAUCAGGCUGCAGUCCCCCUCCCCGCCCCCACCUCCCUGCUGGGAAACCACAGCAUUAUCACAGCAUUAUUGUGACAGCCACGAACCCAUUGCCCACAACCCUUCCACCCUUGGUCACCCCGACCUCUGGCUCUGAGCCCUGUUCUGACCAAAUCACGAUGAUGAGUAUUUGGGGGUGGG